GAGGACUCGGGAGUCGGGAGUCUCGCAGGGGACCUCCAGGAAUGGCCUGUGGUUGAGCUUCAUUCAUCAUUUCCGAUCUCCAGACCCCUGAGGCUCAGGGGUAUUGCAGGGAGCCCAAGACGGAGAGCAGCUGUGCGGUUGUCUUCAGCAAUUGCGAGUAUCUGUCUGCCGAGGCCGGGGUGACCACUGCCAGCAUUGUAGAUUAGCCGUCUCGCAGCUGUCACAGCGAGGUACCACCAUCUUCAGGACAGAGAAGCUACAGGACUCCAGGAGGCCACGCACGGCCCUGACUCUGGGAGACGGACUUGCCUUGACCAGACAGUGGCUUAGCUGGUUCAUCUCAUCAGCCUGGAUUGGUGAAACUGAACCAUAAGAGAUAUUUCCAGAAAGAAAAACCCAAGUUUGAAGAGGAGAAGCUGCAGAGGAGUCAUCGAAGAUGUCUUCGUGAAUGAAUGUCUUCAUUCAUUCUGCAUGUGUCUGACAUUCCUGUUAUCUGUAAGGUUUGCUGGGAUGGGAAACCUGCUCAAAGUUCUUACCAGAGAAAUUGAAAACUAUCCACAUUUUUUCCUGGAUUUUGAAAAUGCCCAGCCUACAGAAGGAGAGAGAGAAAUCUGGAACCAGAUCAGCGCUGUCCUUCAGGACUCCGAGAGCAUCCUUGCAGAUCUGCAGGCUUACAAAGGCGCAGGGCCAGAGAUCCGAGAAGCCAUUCAAAACCCCAACGAUAUUCAACUUCAAGAAAAAGCUUGGAAUGCCGUGUGCCCUCUAGUUGUGAGGCUAAAGAGAUUUUAUGAGUUCUCCAUAAGACUAGAAAAAGCUCUUCAGAGUUUAUUGGAAUCUCUGACCUGUCCGCCCUACACGCCAACCCAACACCUGGAACGGGAGCAGGCCCUGGCAAAGGAGUUCGCAGAAAUUUUACAUUUUACCCUGCGAUUCGAUGAGUUGAAGAUGAGGAACCCAGCUAUUCAGAAUGACUUCAGCUACUACAGAAGGACGAUCAGUCGUAACCGCAUCAACAACAUGCAUCUAGACAUUGAGAAUGAAGUCAAUAAUGAGAUGGCCAAUCGUAUGUCCCUCUUCUACGCGGAAGCCACCCCGAUGCUAAAAACCCUUAGCAAUGCCACAAUGCACUUUGUCUCCGAAAACAAAACCCUGCCAAUAGAGAACACCACAGACUGCCUCAGCACCAUGACGAGUGUCUGUAAAGUCAUGCUGGAAACUCCGGAGUACAGGAGCAGGUUCACGAGCGAGGAGACGCUGAUGUUCUGCAUGCGGGUGAUGGUGGGGGUCAUCAUCCUCUACGACCACGUCCACCCUGUCGGAGCUUUCUGCAAGACCUCCAAGAUCGACAUGAAAGGCUGCAUAAAGGUUUUGAAGGAACAGGCCCCAGACAGUGUGGAGGGGCUGCUGAAUGCCCUCAGGUUCACUACAAAGCACUUGAAUGAUGAAUCGACUUCCAAACAGAUUCGAGCAAUGCUUCAGUAGAGCUCUGCUCACAGAGGAGGAUCUAUGUGCUGACCUCAGAAGAUGUAUAUGUUUACAUAAUUUAAUACAGAUUGAUGUUAAUACUUGCGUAUUUACAUAACUGUUUCCUUCUUGUCACUGAAAUAUAUGGACCUUAAUCUGUAUCCUGACUGACUCAACCCAGCAGAGCAUAAAUUGACUUGAGAGCCUUACCUUUGAUGUCUGAAAGGAAACCCUCUUCUCCAAAGGCAAAAUUGGAGACUUUGAUCUUUGCUACUGGAGUCCUUUAAUGACACCUAUAACAAUCAGAAAUUCCUAAUAGUU